CUGGUGAUUCAGAUAUCCUUUUCUGCUAAUUACUCAAGAAUAAUAUUAUUAUGAGUCAUACUAUUCGUAAUAUCUCGCGCCACACGAGUUCAUAUGCUUCCGGAGCGGGCAAUGACGUAGCACAAUGCUUGUUCUUGGUGCAUUGUGGGAUAGUGGAGGGUUGUGAGGUGGUAAAUGGUGGCUACAGAACCGCUAAAAUGGAUGUAUUCUUAAUGAUCAGGCGUCACAAAACCACGAUCUUCACAGAGGCUAAAGAAUCCACAACUGUCUAUGAAUUGAAACAAAUUGUGGAGGGCAUCCUGAAGAGGUCCCCCGAGGAACAGAGACUAUACAAGGAUGAACAGCCUCUAGAAGACAAUAAGACAUUAGGAGACUGUGGCUUUACAAAUCAGACAGCUCGACCACAGGCUCCUGCGACUGUAGGACUGGCCUUUCGUAUCAGUGAUGAUGCAUUUGAGACCCUGCAGGUGGAAUCAUUUUCCAGCCCUCCUGAACUUCCUGAUGUUAUGAAGCCACAGGACUCUGGCAGUACAGCCAAUGAACAGUCAGUGCAGUGAGCUGCACCUUAUUGACGAGAGUAUGAGAAGUGUACUAAAGCCGAGCUAGGUGCGGACUGAAACAUGACGUGUAAAUGCUGCAAAUGAACAUUUAAAGUCUGGCUUCCAGUCACCAUUGAACUAAGCCUGUUAUAAAUUUACACAGAAUAACUAACAAAUAAGUUUUUUGUUUUUUAGUUGUACGUUUACUUUAUUAUUUGGGAUGACACACAUUUUUUUUCCUGAAUUGACUGACCUCAUUUUGUACAUGUUCCUUAUUUUGUUUGACUAAACAACAUUUAACAAAUUUGAAAGUGGACAUUUUUUUUCUUCAAAAAAGACAGUUUUAAUAAUUUAUUAGAUAAAAAUUGUGGUUAAUAGCACAAAUGGCACAUGAGAUUUUUCUUUUCCUUUGCUUUAUUUUAUGGUUUUUGUACUUGCAUUAAAUUUGCAUUCAGACCAAAGCAUACUCGCGGUUGUGUAACAACACUUGCUUUAAUAACAUUCACCACUGUGUGCACUUUUGAUGGGUUUGUUACAUACCAGAAAGAAAAUGUUCUUGGAACAGUGGUCUGUGAAAGGCUGCACACUAAAAACAUGGCCAAAACUGUU